AGUCAAGAAGUCAAUCGAGUGAAAGAAUUGAAAUAUUUUUAAUUAAGACAAACGGUCGUUUGUUAUUUUGUACGAUAAUAAAAUGGACGUGUAAAUAAUUUGAAUGUUUGACACUUUCUCUUAAUUGUAAUUAAAGUGAUUGUAACCAAACUUGGAACGAAACGAAAUAUAAAAACCAAGAAAUCAAAGAGAAAAAAUACAAGUUUUUAGAAGAUGUCUCAAACAUGGGACAUUUUGCCACUACUUCCACUGAGGUGUGUGCUGGAUUACCUGAGCAUGGAGGAUGCCUUGGCAGCAAUGUCCACAUGUAGGCAUUGGAGGGAUGCUGUUUUAUUAUAUGAAGGAUAUAAGGAAACUGUAAAGCUAAACACAGGGAAUUUAGAAAAGAAUUUGUUUUUAACGCGCAUGUUCAGAAGAAACGCUAGGAAACUACAUAUAGUCAUCGAGAAUGAAGUGGAUUUAGACAAAUUCGUCAGCUUCGUGUUACCACAAUAUUUCGAUUCUGUGAAAUUAACGGAACUAACGUUCGUCGGGCCCAGUUACGUGCGUGUGAACAAAAUGCCCAUUGUAAAAUUGAAAAGGAUAAUAACCGAGAGUCUUAUAUUGAAACACGCGCAUAGUUUACAGAGCUUAUCGAUAUUAGGUUGUGAAAUGGGCCUCGCCAAAAAUGACAACGAGAGGUAUCAUAAUAAACAAGUGGAGUAUUUUUCGAGGUCUCUAUCAUUCAACACCGUCCCGUGUCCCGAGGACUCGGUCCUGUCCAGUAGGAACGUCAAUCUGAUGAUGUUCUCAUCGUUGCAGCAUAUCAUAUUAGAUUACGAGCAGGUGAACAAUCCGUCGUUGGAGACGCUCUCGAACCUGUCCAACUUCAAUAUGCUGUCGCUGAACGUGAUGUACAAGAGGAACAUGAGGCUGAAGCGUCUGGACUGGCACCGAAUCAACAGGGUCUUCGAUAAUAGAUUGAAUGUUGCCGUCAAUAUUGUGAGUACUUUUUUUUUUAAACUAUUAUUUAUUUGUAAAUCAAGUUUCAUUGAAUCUAGCCAGCGAUGUUCGGUUAACGUUGUCCAAACCUCCGUACAGCUUCACACGCCGUUCCUGCAUCAUGUCGUCGAUAAAUUCCACCUGACGCUGCGGGAGCUCGUGUGGGUGGACUGCCCGAAUGACUCAAACGAUAAGUACGAGCGCCUCAUCAGUUCCACGCACAACAUUAUUGCGGAGGACUCGAUAAAUGUGAAUCCUUUCGUAUUGCUCUGCUGGCAAUGUGAACGAUUGCAGAGACUCGUUAUUCAUGGGUACUGGAUCUGGCAGUAUGACGUCAUCGGCUUCGUGCGGCUUCGCAAGUCGCUCCGGCAGCUGGACGUGUCGGCGGUGCACCGGCGCCGGGGCCGCGCCGCCGCCGGCCCGCCGCGCGUGCUGCUCGCCGACGUGGCCGACAUCACCUCGCCCAGAGCAGUGCAGGCCUCCCGUAUCCCGGAGUUGAAGUGGCGGCCGACGCCGUGGGGGGCGCUGCACCCGGCGCUGCGCUCCCGCUCGCGCGCCAAGCAGCGCCUCGACUACAUCCGCCGCGAGCUGGCGCGCCCCACCGCCUGCAGGUACAGAAAGGAUCGAGUUGACCAAAGUUAAGUGUUUUUGCUUGGAUACCUUCAAACUUAUAUUUUUGUUAUUAUUGAUUUAUUGUCAAUUUAAGUAAUCUUGAUCAAAUCAAAUAUUUGAAUUGAUUUCAUGUUUAAAAUAAAUAUUGGAAAUAGAAUUGAAUGUGGUUAAUAGUAUAAUUGAAUGGUAUUGAUAAUAAAAGUAACUUAGUCUGUGACUGUCAGAAACUGACCGAAAAAAAGUAUUAAUACAAAGUUAUCAUUUUUUAUGAAGCUUUAAAGAAUAUUUGACAGGGUUUGAUAAAAAUGGCGGCCGCUACCAAUAUCACCGUUGUAAGGUUACCGAUUUUAGCUUUAAUCGUUUUUUCUUGUUUGGAAAUAAUGUAUUUGUUACUGUUUUGGAUCGAAGGUAGACGACUGUCACUGUGUCGUUUUUGUAUGACCACAUUCAGUUCUAAUGUUCAUUUAAACAGAUAUCUGACGUGAAACGUUUUUUUACACAAACACGAACUAUAGUGUGUUCUUUGACUUUGCUAAUCGAAAAUCUAAAAGAAUUAAGAGUAAAUUUGUUUUUAUGUCUCUGAAACAGAUUCUAGUAAUAGUGCAAGACAUGGAAAUAGCAGUAAUUGUAAUUUAAAGAAAUAAGAUAAUAUGCAAUUUUUUUAUAUGCAAAGCAUAUCGACGCUUGAAAG